CUGGGAUUGUAUAUGUUCUGAUGCGUCAGACGGACACCUUAGGACAUUGCGUCGCGUCAUUAACUUUGCGCGUUAAAAACGCUUUUAAACUCGUUUAAAAUGCGCACCCAAACAUUUGACCGCACAUUCGCGUCCAUCGCGUAUCCGUUUUUAAUUAGCCUGCGGAGAGUUGUAACGCUGUCGCGUCGCUGGCGAUGCAAAUGGGGGUGUGAGUGAAGUUAAAGGCGGAAGUUAAAGUUGUCACGAGCAUCUGCCGCUCGAUAUCAUUCAUGCGUUUGUACGCGCUCGCUCGGACCCCUGAUCUCGGACCCCGGACGGCUCUCGGCGCGUUUAUGAGGUUGUUCUGGUGCGCAUAAAUCCCAUUGAGACAGAUGAGCUCGUUUUACGGAGAUAAAGUGGACUUGGGGCUGGCAGAGGAGCUGAGUCAGGUGAACUGCCAGGAUGAGCUGGAGUUUGCCGAUCUCUUUGAAUAUGGAUUUUCUGCCGGACAACAAGAUGAGCCAAGUAUCUCCUCACACAAAGAUCUCAACUCUCCUCCCAGCCUUUCCUAUCACCUGGAGGAAGCCCCGCCUUACGGCAUCAAGCCUUGUGUGCCCACCUACCUGGAGGUCGGCGCUGAGGGUCUCUCUGGUUUCAAGCAACUGGACGCAAAAAGCUACCUUGAGCAGGUCGGGACCAACAACCACGCCCUGAGCCCCAGGAUCGAAAUUACCCCUUCCCGUGAGCACUAUAGUCAUGGUCGAGAAUCCCUCCAGCACCAUCUUGUGAACACCAGCCCCAGUCCUGGGCUCACUGUGCCGGGUCACGAUCCCUUAGCUUACCGAGAGCCACAGUGCCUGAGUCCCGCCAGCAGCAACUCAUCCACCUCCUGGCACUCUGAGAACCUCUCACCCUGGGCGUCGCCCUGUGUAUCGCCUAGCAACAGUCAGGCAGCGGGGGAGCUUUGCCCGCGACUACAGGGCGUCCACACGGGAUCUCCUCGUACGAGUCCGGGAACCUCCCCCCAUACCAGCCUGGCUGAGGACGGCUCCGUUGGGCCACGCUCUCCUUCGCCCAGGCCCGGGUCACGUUCCACCUCCCCCCUAUGCAAACGCACCUACGAGAUGUACAGGAACCCCAACCUGGUGCCAGGGUCCCGCUCGCGGAGCCCGUCGCCACACGGCGGUCACGAUGAGCAUCACAGUGGCCAUUAUGGUCUGAACAACCUGUCCGGUGCCCUGAAUGGGUUCGGAGUUGGGCAGGUUUGCUCCAUUCCUCCCAAAAUUGUGAAGACCAGUCAGCAGGCCUAUCCUCUGUACACAGACAACCACACUGAGAGCUACCUGGUGUCUUGUGACCAGGACGUAAAAAACAAACCUGGUUCUGAACCUUUCUUUGUAAUUCCACAAAUCUGGCCUAAACAGCUGGUGCCUGGGAUAUGCAGCAUCCCUGUGACGUCUCUGCCUCCUCUGGAGUGGCCGCUGCCCAAACGCACCGAUCAGUAUGAGCUGCACAUCGAGGUUCAGCCCAAACCCCACCACAGAGCCCAUUACGAAACCGAGGGCAGUAGAGGGGCGGUUAAAGCCCCCACUGGAGGUCACCCAGUGGUCCAGCUCCGUGGAUAUAGGGGGAAGGAACCUCUGUGCCUUCAGAUCUUUAUUGGCACAGCGGACGAGCGGAUCCUGAAGCCUCACGCUUUCUACCAGGUCCAUCGCAUUACUGGGAAAACCGUCACUACCACCAGCUACGAGAAGAUCAUGAACGGCACCAAAGUACUUGAAAUCCCUUUAGAGCCAAAGAAUAACAUGAAAGCAAUAAUCGAUUGUGCUGGAAUUCUGAAGCUCCGGAACGCUGACAUCGAGCUGCGCAAGGGGGAGACGGAUAUUGGGCGGAAAAACACCCGUGUUCGACUGGUGUUCCGUGUUCACAUCCCGCAGCAAGGAGGCCAAACUGUGUCGCUCCAGCUGGCUUCGCAUCCCAUUGAGUGCUCCCAGAGAUCAGCUCACGAGCUGCCCAUGGUGGAGAAACAGGACAUGGACUCGUGUUCAGUUCUCGGAGGUCAGCAGAUGAUUCUCACCGGCCAGAACUUCAGCUCAGAUUCAAAGGUUAUCUUCACAGAGAAGACUCAUGAUGGACAGCAAAUUUGGGAAUUGGAAGCCACGGUAGACAAAGAUAAAAGUCAGGCAAGCAUGAUGUUCAUCGAGGUGCCUCCUUACAGAGACCCGUCCAUUUGCCAUCCCUCUAAAGUGAACUUCUACGUAAUAAAUGGAAAGAGGAAGCGCAGUCAACCUCAGCAUUUCACCUACACGCCUCUUCCAGUUCCGUCUAUUAAGACCGAGCCAGUGGAUGACUAUGAGUCCAGGCAGGUGAGAUACUCCAUGUCACAGAUGAUGGGGGUGUCUCCCCAGUCGUACUAUAAUCCACGCGGGAUCAUCGCCCCUGACAGCGGCCUGGUCCCUGCCCUCGUCCCCUGCCAGCAGGUUCGCCUGGGCGUCUCUCCUCCGGACCACCGAUUCCAGCAGCAAAGCCCGGUCAUCUACCCCCGUCCUGCGAAGGCCAUGGCAAGCAGUCCCUCUGUUGUAUACUCCCAGACGGGAGCCUCUAUGAUGCCCGACUCUCAUCGCUCAGUUCUGGUCCACACAGGUUCCCCGGCCCAGUCCUCCCACCUGGGUGGCCCGCAUCCCACCAACCAGCAUCCCUCCAUUAUCCAGUUCUCUCCCACCAACCACCACCUGCUCAGAGGAGGAGACCCUCCCGCACCACCACCUCCAGAACAUCAGCACAUCAUGUAUUGCGAGGGCUAUAGCCAAGCUGUCGGAACCAGCCGCUCUCCUGCCCCGGCGCAGGCACCUCAGCAGUCUCAGAAUUACCCAACAGUCAUUCAGCAACAGCCGUUCGUGCCAAGGGUGACCAAAGACAGAUCGCCUCCUGUACAGGUGGAGUCUCCGAGAUGUUCCUCCGCGGAAGAGCAGGGAAGCAGCGCUCCUGGAAGAGUCACGGUGAAAGAGGAGAACCUGGAUCAGGCGUAUCUUGAUGACGUGAAUGAGAUCAUAAGGAAGGAUCUGACAGGAGUGCAUGGCAGAGGUCAAACAUAAAGGAAAACCCACCUCAGGAAGAGAGCAGGACCUCUUAAGCGUUUGUAUUGUGACCCUCCUCAGUCUUCUCUGAAAACCGUCCAUCUUAAGGGUCUUUUGGAUUCCUGACUAAACUGGAUCAUGGACCACAUGAAACCAGCCAUCCAUCUCAGUCAAUUGCAGAAACAACCGUGAUGUCCAAAUGCUAUUGAAUUUCUCAUCUAUUAUUUGAAUGUCGAAACCCAUCCAAAGUUGAUCUCAUAUGUCAGAGUUGUCAAAGACUCGCGCUCUUGAGCCUUCAUAAAUAGUUGGAAUUGGACAGGUGAAGUCAAUUUUUUAACUCUUGUGGGUUUUUAUUCCAAAGCCUUUUGACUCACGUGAAUGAACUCGCUCAAAUCAAUGUAUUCGGAGAAAUAACCUCAUCUUCUGUUAAACUUAAUCUGAACCAUUACUGUCUGUCAUAAACCGGGAAACAUGUAGUUUGCAUAAACUUUUGUAGAGAAGGAAGAUGAAUAGAUCACUGUUUCACUGCUAAUAUUUGAUAAGAAUAGGUUAAUAAUUGAUGAGGGAAACACAAAGGUCAAAUUUUCAUUUAAUACAUAUUUUAUAUUGCCAAAUGCACCAUUACUGAAUAGGACAAUGUAUGCACUUCCUGUUCAUUUUUUAUCUUGUAGUUGUAGAGCAAAAAUGGCUGAUUAAGAAAAACCAAAGACGUUACUUUUACAUUUUUUGUAAAUAGAAAAGACUGACCAGUCUGCUUCUGUGCCUUUACCAACAAUACUGUAAUUAUACCCAAACUAAGAGCUAACCAAAAAUGAAAGGAAAUAACAUGUCAGAGCCCAUAAUGCCUUGCACUACAUUUAGGUUCUGAGGUCUUUUUGCCAUACUAGAACUAUAUGGUCUUUAUCUUUCAACAUUGCAUACCUAAAGUCUUGUCCUUAUCAGUUCCACCUGUUUCCUUAUAAAAAGAGAUGCAGAUUUUCCGUCCUCUGUAUUACAGUUCUGUGUCAUUGAUGCUUUAAUAACCACAACAGCUUUUCUUUUAUAAUGCACAUAUAUACAGUAUGUGUUUUGUGUACAUGGUAAAGAUUUAAAAUAUGAACAUCUGUUUCUUUAUUUAUCCAGUAGAUACAAUUAGAUUAACAAAUAUGAGAAGUGUCAGCUUGUGUAGAUGGUGUUUUUUUAAUGGUUGCUUGAUUUUGGGAAUAUUUUCAAACGGAACCCUGCCCACUUUAAAGUGCUAAAUAUAUUUUAAUGUCUUCACGAUUUUGGCUAAAUUAUUAAGAGUGGCAUAAAUUAAUAAUUCAUGUGAAAGUAUUAAUGAAGUUGUCUCUUUAUUCUUUUGAAGAACAUUGUAAAAAGGAGGCUUAUGUUUCCAUAGAGCCAUUCUUUCAAUGUACAGUGGGCAUAGCCAUAACACCUAUUUACAGAAUGUAAACAUUUUAUCAUUAUUGUAAAUAGAUUGCCUUAAAAGUGUAUAGUAUGUGUGUAUUGUUUGUAUUUUUUAAGUGUCAUUUAGUCUUAAUUGGGGGAGAAUAUUUAUAUGAACUGAAUCAGUUGUUCUCUUGCCAUUUUAAUAUCUUAUUAUCAAGGCUCUGGGAAUAUAUGAAAUGCCAAAGCAUCUGCCUGUAGACAAAUUGCAUUUAACUUUUUUAUAUUAAUAUAAGAUUAUGUCAAUACCAAAAGAGAGAACAAUUAUAUUUUAAAGCCCUUUGCUUAUCAUGAAGUUUUUUAUUUUAUUAUGGCUUAAGCAUGUCUAACAUAAUUUGGACAUGUUUAUGUUGUUUGUCAAAAAGUAACAAGGCAAGUUGUGUAAAUGAGCAAUAAAAUUAAAAAUGUUUU